UGUUGAAAAGUUAUUAUAAACAAAAACAAAGAGAGAAUGCACAAAAAACAUAAAGAUUGGGGUUUUUCACCGGUAAAAACCGAUAAAAGCCCCUUUAAAAUUCAAUAAUGGAGGCUAGAGUUUUUAGAGAGGGGAGGGGAGUGAGUUUUUAGAAAUAAGUUUUGUAUGAGUACUAUAUAAUAUAGUUAAUUUUUUUUUGGUGAGUAUUAGGAAGUAAUUAAUAUUGAAAUUAUCCCUACCCCCAAUUUCUUUUUUUUUUUUUUUUUUUUUGAAAAGGUAAGAAAAUUAAAAAUCAGGAAGCCCUCUAAUUACCCCUAAUGCAUCAUUGAAAAUUGGAAUUACCCCCAAGUAGGCGAAGUGAAUUUAUUAAAGUUUGGUUUAGUAUGUUCCAUAAUUAUACUACAUCCUUCAUUUUUUGUUAAUUGCAAAGUUGAAGGUCAGUCUCCAGCAAUUGAAAAUCCGACACAGUCAGCUUCCAAUUCCAGGUAACAAUUUCUCAGUUUUCGAACUCCCCAAUUUCUGGGCAAGUGUGUUAAUUUCUGCUUAAUUUUUGCUCCCAAUUCAAGUUUUUGAUUAUAAACAUGUAUCUGAAAGAUGGGUGUUCCUUAUUAUUGAAAAUUCAGAAACCCUCAAUUCCAUUUCUUCUCAACAAAAGAAACCCAAUUCCUGAUCCUAAACCUUACCUUGAAACCAACAAAAACAAUCUCAAUGAAUAUACAGUAGUGAAGAAUUUGAGAAAAGAAUCUGAUAUUAGCUUAGCUUUGAGCUAUUUUAAGCAUAUUUCCAAUUCUAAUUCUUUCAAACACACCCCUGAAACUUAUAGAAUCAUGGUUCAAAAGCUUGGGAAACAUGGGGAUUUAGAUGGGGUUCAGUAUUUGUUGCAGCAGAUGAAAUUAGAGGGUGUUAUUUGUUCUGAGGAGUUGUUUGUUGAUUUGAUUAGUUAUUAUAAGGAUAUGGGUUUAGCUGAGCAGGCCUUGAAAAUGUUUUAUAGGAUUCAGGAUUUCAAUUGUAAGCCGACGGUUAAGAUUUAUAAUCAUUUGUUGGAUGCUUUGCUUGCUGAGAAUAGGUUUAAGAUGAUUAAUCCGCUGUAUAGUAAUAUGCAGAAAGAUGGGGUUGAACCUAAUGUGUUUACUUAUAAUGUGCUUUUGAAAGCAUUGUGUAAAAAUGGUCGUGUAGAUGGUGCACGGAAACUCCUUAAGGAAAUGUCUAAUAAGGGUUGUGCCCCUGAUGAUGUGAGCUAUACAACGAUUGUAUCAUCCCUUUGUAAGGGUGGGAAGGUCCAGGAAGCUAAGGAGCUUGCUGAGUCUUUUGGUUUGGUUGUACCGGUUUAUAAUGCUUUGAUUAGUGGGUAUUGUCGAGAUUGCAACUUUGUGGAGGCAUUUGCUUUGUUGAAUGAAAUGGCUGAAAAAAGUGUUGAUGCAAAUGAGAUAACGUAUACAAUAGUAAUUAACGCUCUAUGUGAUGCUGGGAUGGUUGAGUUGUCUAUGGCUGUUUUAGGGAAGAUGUUUUCUAGAGGAUGUGAACCAAAUAUUUAUACGUUUUCUUCAUUAAUCAAGGGUUUUGUCUGGAGAGGGAGACUGAAUGAAGGAUGUGAUGUGUGGAACCGGAUGGUAAGGGUGGGAGUUGUGCCCAAUACAGUUGCUUUUAACACUUUGAUACAUGGUCUUUGCUCAAAUAGUUCCAUGGCUGAAGCUGUAGCUCUUCUCCAUGAAAUGGAGAAAAGACAUCGUAUACCAAAUGUGACAACCUACAGUACCCUUAUAGAUGGUUUUGCAAAGUCUAAGGAUUUGAUUGGUGCAUCUGAAAUAUGGAAUCGGAUGAUAAUAAGUGGCUGCCAACCCAAUGUUGUCGCAUAUACAUGCAUGGUGGAUGCCCUUUGUCGAGUUAAAAUGUUUGAUCAGGCUCAAGAUCUCAUUGAGUGCAUGAUGCGGGAAAAGUGCACCCCUAAUACUUUGACAUUUAACACAUUUAUAACAGGACUAUGCCAUGGUGGACGAGUUGAUUGGGCUUUGAAGGCUUUUACUUCAAUGGAAAGGUACGGCUGUUUACCUGACACAACUACAUUCAAUGAGCUUUUGGAUGGCCUUUUCAAAUCCAACUGUUUGGAAGAGGCUUUUGGGCUAUUUAGGGAGAUGGAAAAAAUGGAGAUCAAGUGGAAUCCAACAACCUGCAAUACGACUAUACAUGGUCUUUGUCAACUGGGUAGGUUUAAAGAAGCGCUGAUGGUGAUAGGAAGAAUGUUGAGAAAGGGAAAUAAACCUGACAAAAUUACUUUCAACACCAUGAUUAAUGCAUACUGUCAGCAUGGUGACAUCAACAGAGCCAUUCAACUAAUGGAUGUAAUGAAGGCAGGAGAGUUGUGCCCAGACUUGGUCUCUUAUACUAGUCUUGUAUGUGGCUAUUGUAAAUGGAAUGAUACAUAUAAUGCUACAGUUUUUCUUCAAAGGAUGAUGGAUGAAGGAUUUGCUCCAAAUAUUGCCACAUGGGAUGAUUUAGUUCGAACAUUAUUCAGCAAAUCUGAAAUUUUCUACCAAGAAUCAAUAAAUAAACUGGCUAUGGUAACAGGACUUUCACGCAGAAGUCCUGUGCACUAAUUCCUUCUGUGCUAAGGUAGGUUGAGGAUCACUACCUUUUUGGCUUUUUUACAAUGGGCAAACAUUCUAGCAACCUAAUCCUUUUAGGGAAUGAAUUACAUCCAAUAGCUAUAAGUCUAGAACAGGGUUUUAGAAAAUGUCCUACUGUACUAUGAAAAUCUUGCAGCCAUUUCCUCUCAAAACAAAUUACAUACAUUCUGUGGGAAUUCAGCCUCUCAAGGGAUGACUCUUAGAGCAAAUCUUGCCAUCUGAACCAAAUCCCGGGUAUUGCUGUAAUGCUGUUGGCUCUAGCUGAUGCAUUCAGAUAAUUUAGAGCAGGUUAGAAGAAAAAUUAUGUGAAGAGAAACAACUACUGUCCACAAUUUGAAAUACUGAAGAUUGAAACAUGACUGUCUGACCUUACAACUUACAGGGUAUGAAUUGCUAUCCUAGAAGCAUCAAUUUCUUUUAAAUCUUGUCUACCUAUCACUGGUCAAAGUUUUGAUAUUCAAUUUUGCUGGAAAUUUGUGAUCUACUGCUGUUAAGCUAAGGAAGUCCUUUAUGGAGGCUCCGCAGUUUGUAUGAUUUCAAUAGUGAUCCAUCGCAUUAACUUCAAUAGUUUUUCAUAUGCAAACCCAUGCUACUUUAUAUUAUGAAUGAAACCAUCUUCUUUUAUGAUGAGCUCAUCAUCCAAGCAGGCGUGAAAGUGGGGCAUUGAUUAUGCAUGCUAAGGCUUCUUAGUUGAGUUCAAUUUCAGGCAUACCUUUAAUAAGGCAUACUCGAGGCCUGAAGCACAGUAACCUUAUUUGAAAGAUCUUGAAGAACUAAAAUGAUGGCUUUGUUGGAGAUACUGUUUGAUAAGGUCAACAAGGCAGAGAACAAGGAAAACAAAAAUCCAGAUUAUGAUUUUCAGUGUACAGUUGAUGAUGGGAAGAAGCUAAAGCGUAAGCUCUUGACGAAGGAAGACAAUAGAAAAGGCAUUUCACGCAGAGCUCCCUUUUGUUGGUUAUGCACAAUUAGUUUAAUUUCUGCCAGUUUAGGCAUCGAACACAACUGUUCCCAUCAAGCUAUUAUAAAUUUUGUUUUUCCUUUUUUAUUUUACUAGGAAUUCCAACGUGAGCGAUGCGUGUGGUAUAGCUAGCCCUUUGAGAAGAAUUUUUACUGAUGUUCUUUAUGCCAUAUGCCUAUUUGUGUAAUAUUUUAUUAAAACUAUUUGCAUAUAUAUAGACAAUAAAUGUGUUGGAUGUUGUAUAAUA